AUGAUAAGUAAUUAAAAUUAAAUAAUUAUUUUAGUAAAGUAUGCAAUGCACCUAUCAUACUAAUAAACCGGUAUAAUUUAUAUGUUUAGCUCCUCACAUAUGUUAGUGCUAGAGGAAAUUGUGUGAGGUAUGUAAAUACGAACAUGGUGUCGAUAAAAAACAAACAGUUACGAUCGAUAAAUUUCAUCAGAUAGCUCUCAAAAAAUUAUAGGAAUUCAAACUUCUCAAGACAUCUGAAGUAUCUAUAUAGAGAUUGGCUUUUAAAUAAGUACUUUCUGAAACAGAAAAUUAGAUCAAGGAAAUUUGGGAAGCCUUAUAAGAAUCUAUCAAAUUGAUAUUUGAUAUGAUCGAUAAAUAAGAUAACUUUUAUAUGUAUUUCAUUAAUAAUUAUUCCAAUCCUGCACAAUUAGCAAAAUUAGACUUAGAAAAAUUAGUACAGAUAUUAGAAAACAAUUCUUUAAAAAUAUGGAAAGAUUAAAAAAAUUUUUAUUUGUCAAAAUUGGAAAAAGCAAAUAAGUGGUUGGGCUAAGAAAUUAAGGAAUUAAAUGAAAGGAUUAGAAAAGAAUUGAUAGAAAUUGUUUCACUAGAAUUUAAUUCAUUAAUAGGAAACAUGAUUGGGUCAACCUUUAAUUAGAAAAACUAGAAAAUAUAAAAACUAACAAAAUUGGUAGGUCAUACUAAUACCGUCUUUUAAGUCUGUUUCUCUCCUGAUAGUACUACUUUAGCAUCUUGUAGUUAUGAUUAAUCUAUUCGUUUAUGGAAUGCUAAAACAGGAUUAUAAAAUACCAAAAUGGAUGAUUAUAAAUUUGAUGUAAGAUCAAUUAGUUUCUCUCCUGAUGAUUCAACCUUAGCAGCGACUUAUGAUAAUUCCAUACAUAUAUGGGAUGUUAAAACACGUCAAUAAAAAUCAAUAUUGAAUGGUGAUAGUUAUUGUAUCUGUUUCUCUCCUGAUAAUACUACUUUAGCAUCUUGUAAUGAUAACUUUAUCAUUUUAUGGGACAUUAAAACUGGAUAAUAAAAAGCCAAAUUGUAUGGUCAUAUUAAUUAUAUUAAUUCAGUCUGUUUCUCUCCUGAUAAUACUACUUUAGCAUCUUGUAGUAAUGAUAAAUUUAUCCUUUUAUGGGAUGUUAAAACUGGAUAAUAAAAAGCAAAAUUGGAUUGUCAUACUGAUUUUAUUAAUUCAGUCUGUUUCUCCACUGAUAAUACUACUUUAGCAUCUUGUAGUAAUGAUAACUUUAUCCUUUUAUGGGAUGUUAAAACCGGAUAAUAACUAGCCAAAUUGGAUGGUCAUACUCAUAAUGUAAUGUCAGUCUGUUUUUCUCCCGAUGGAACCACACUAGCAUCUAGUAGUUAUGAUUAAUCUAUACGUUUAUGGGAUGUUAAAACAGGAUAAUAAAAAAUUAAAUUAUUGUGUCCAACAGGUUGCAGAUUAGUCUGUUUCUCUUGUGGUGGUACUGCUUUAGCAUCUUUAAGUGAUGAUAACUCAAUAUUAUUAUGGAAUGUUAAAAGUGGGUAAUUAGAAAACAAAUGGUAAAAAUAUACUUGGAAUAAAAAUAAUAAUUUAAUUUGUUUCUCUCAUGGUGGUACUACUUUAGCAACUAGUCUUACUAAUAACGAAAUAACAUUAUAUAAUGUUAGAACUGGAAAUUACAAUUAAACCUUGAAGGGUCAACCUAGCAAUAUCUACUCAAUCAGUUUCUCUGUUGAUGGUACUACUUUAGCAUCUGGUAGUAGUGAUUAUUCUAUACGUUUAUGGGAUGUUAGAACAGGAUAAUAAAAAAUCAAAUUUAAUGGUCAUUCUAAGACAAUCUCCUCAGUCUGUUUCUCUCCUGGUGGUUGUUCAUUAGCAUCUGGUAGCGAAGAUAGCUCUAUACGUUUAUGGGAUAUUCAAACUGAAAAAUAAAUAGCCAAAUUUGAUGGUCAUUCUAAGAAUGUCAACUCAGUCUGUUUCUCUUUUGAUAGUACUACUUUAGCAUCUGGUAGUAGUGAUUAAUCUAUACGUUUAUGGGAUAUUAUAACAGGAUAAUAAAAAGCCAAAUUUGAUGGUCAUACUGGUUCAGUCAAUUCAGUCUGUUUCUCUCCUGAUAGUAGUACAUUAGCAUCUGGUAGUGAAGAUAGCUCUAUACGUUUAUGGGAUGUUAAAAAAGGAAAAUAAAUAGCCAAAUUAGAAGGUCAUACUAAAAGAGUCAACUCAAUCUGUUUCUCCCCUGAUGGUUCUACCUUAGUAUCUGGUAGCAGUGAUAAAUUGAUUCGUAUAUGGGAUGUUAAAACAAGAUAAUAAAAAGCCAAAUUGGAGGGUCAUAGUGAAUCAGUUAUAUCAGUCUGUUUUUCUCCUGAUGGUACUACUUUAGCAUCUGGUAGUAGCGAUUGUUCUAUAUGUUUAUGGGGGACUAAAUUGGAUAAAUGAAUAACAUGAUUCAUAUUAUUAAAUAAAG